UACAUUCAAGGAAAGAAUUGUAAAGGGCAAGUUAGGCUUCCUUAAGAAAAUUGAAAAGAGUAGUGAGGAGAGAUGGGCAAAGAAAAUACUGCAAGAAAGUGGAAACAAGUCCACCUGGGGGAAAGAGUUAGAGAGGUGGAAAAGGAGAGAACACCUGAGGGAAGAGUGGAAUGAAAUGGAGAUCAGGGAUGUGAAGAAGGCAGUAGAAAGGAACGGACAAGUCAAAUGGCAGGAAGGAAUGAGUGGCAAGUCAACGCUAAAAUGGUACAGCAGGAAACAGAAACCAGAGGGAGUACACUGGCAUGUAGGAGACUGGGGGAGCAAACUAUUGUUUAAAGCAAGAACAGGAACCCUGGAGGUAAACGGCAGGAACAGGGACGGGGGAAACCAGGACUGUAGCUGUAGGACGGGGCAGAUAGAAACAGUAGAACACCUAAUAGUGGAAUGCAGCAACUAUGAGAGGCAGAGAGGGGAGUUGGUGGCAGGAGUAGUGAUGGUAAUAGGCGGAGAGGAGUGGGCUAGGAGACUAGAGGAGGAAAACGGGGCGAUCUGCACGGUGUUGGGGCUGUAUGGAGACAAAAAGGAAACGGAAAGAAAAAUGGUAAAGUUGGCAAAAGUGUUCCUCGCGCAGUGCUGGGAAAAAAGGGCACAAAUGUCCGUAUAAGUGAAUAUAAGUGGCUUUAUUUCAGAUUAGAAAAUUACAUAACGCUGAAAAGAAAGUUGUGUGAAUAAGAAGGGAGGAACGAGAGGAGGAGGACCUAAGAAGCGAUACAAAGCGUUACAGGUCAAAAGAAGAAGAAGAAGAAGAAGAAGCAGCAGCAUGGCGGGGGUGGCGGCGGGCCGGGUGUGUCCUGGACUCUCUAGGCUUGUGCAAGGUGUUUGCACAGAGGCAUGGGGGUGCCAGCAAGUGAGGGGAGUAUUCUUCCGGCCUAAACCCAUCUCUAAGGAGCCCAUUCGGGUGUUGCCCUACAUACCAACACAGGACCCAGACAUCAUCAGGAAGAUGCCCCAGGACUUCAGAUUUGUGUACCCAGAGUUCCUGCCAGACCCUUCACCAAUGUAUAGGAAUCGCAUGCGGGAGAGGCUGGAGCGGCAAGACAUGUUGAGUCGGAGGGCUGUUAUGCCCAUCCCGGAGUUUUAUGUUGGGUCCAUCAUGGCUGUGACUGUGGCAGACCCCAAUGCAUCUGGCAAAACCAACAGAUUUGUGGGUAUCUGCAUCCAGCGUGGUGGUGCGGGACUUCGGGCAUGGUUCAUUCUUCGCAAUGUGAUUGAUCACCAAGGUUUAGAGAUCAAGUAUGAGAUGUAUGCACCGCUGAUACAGAGCAUCGAGGUGUUGAGGCUGGAAAAGCGGCUGGAUGAAGAGUUGUUAUAUCUGAGGGAUGCACUCCCCAUCUACUCCACCUUCCCUCUGGAGAUGGAGCCAGAGGUUUUACAGGAAGGAGCACCAGUACCUGUUAACCCCAUCAAGGUUCAAUUGAAGCCGAGACCAUGGCAUGAGCGAUGGGAAAGGAAAAACCUUCAGGGUGUUCAAGACUUAGGGCUCCCAGAAAGAUUUUAUCAGAAGGCAAAGCUUUUAGAGAAACCAUGGGAGAAGUUUGACCUAAUGAAGGAGUACAGAGCUACAAUUCCUGAGGAGGAGCAAGCAGACAUAUUCCGUGAGAUCUCCCCACAAUACCCAAUGAUGGAGACCACACGGCGUCGGACCAAGAGAAAGCGUGUUGUGCCAUCUCAGUCCUAAUGCUAGCAGGGAACCCCUUGUUUGAAUCCAAUGACUCUUGGUCGUGGCACUCAGAUGUGUAAUAUGCUGGGACAAAGAACACUAUCAUUAGUGAAGCAGCAAGUGAAGUGCUUGUGCUGAAAAGAAAAAAGUAUUUUAGAAAUUGCAUUGAUAAAUAAAAGUACCGUAGUUUCAAUUAUUAUUAGCUCUUAAAGGGACAAAAUUAAGAAAUCUCUUGAUUUUGUGAGCACUGAAAGCAUCAUUACACAAAAUCACUACACCCAUUAGAGUAAGCAGUUGUAUAGUUGGAGAAUUUUCUAUGUUAUUUAUCACUGAACUGUACUGACUUGUUAAUUUUGUAAAUAGAAAAGAAUAUAAA